AUGAAAAAAGAAGAAGAAGAAGACGAACCACCACUCCCCAAACCAACAGCCGCGACCGCCCACCCAGAAGACUCCCAAAACUCACGAGCAGACUGGGCGCCCAUCCGCGCCAUCCCACAACCCCUCUUCCAGCAAGUCCUCCUCGAGCACCUCCCCGCCACCCACAACCUAACCCCCACCGACAUCUCCCCAUCCCCACCCCCAAUGACCGAAAUCCAAGGCGGUUUCAACUUCAUCCGCAUGCUCGACAUAACAGCCGGUCCCCACGCAUCCAGAUACGUCAUAAAGAUCCCCUGCAUCGGCACGCCCUCCCGCUGGCAAGACGCAGACGCAUACAUGCUCCGCAACGAAGUCCGCACGAUGCUGUACAUGCGCGAGAAGACUAAAGUUCCCGUCCCUGAGGUCCUGGGCUACAGCGAUACGCUGUCCAAUACGCUCGGCGCUCCGUACACGAUCAUGCGCGCUUCACCUGGCGUGCCAUCGCACCGCAUCUGGUUCGACGGCGACGGCGACGACCGCUACCGCCCGUCCGACGCCCGCGCCGAGAUGCGGCGCACGUUUCUGCGGUCCCUCGCCCGCGCAAUGUCGCAUCUGCAGACGCUGGAGUUCGAUCAAGCUGGCAUGUUAGACUUUGACGAUAGCCCAACGACACCAAGUAUCGGCCCUGUAUACUUCUGGAAAACCACCGACGAGAUGGAGGGUCUCUCCCCGCAGGACUUCAACACCCCUGACGCGCUGGUAAAACUCCCCGUCAGCUCAACAAGUAUCGAGUACCAUAUCGCGCAGCUCGAUCGCGUGUGGCCGCAGGACGACGCUGAUACAUCGCCCCGCGGCCAGCGCGCAAACGGCAUACGGUAUGUUAUGGAGAUGAUGCUAUACUCCGCGCCACUUCUCGCCUCACAAAAGCACGAGAGCGACAGUAGCGGUAGAGAGACCUUCGUCCUACGUCACGACGACCUCGAUUUCCAGAACAUACUUUGCUGCCCCGUCACAGGCGAGGUGACCGCCAUUAUCGACUGGGAUCGGUGUCGCGCUGUGCCGCGCUGCUAUGGGUUUGCGGCUGUGCCGUGCUUCCUGACAUACGACUGGCUGCCGGGCUUCUCGCCGUAUACGGACUGCCAUAUGCCGUGGGAACUGCAGGAGUAUAGGCGUAUUUAUGCUGAUGCGAUGGUGGAGGCGACGGGGGCUGAGGGUGAUGGGAGGUUUACGUUCAAGUCGCCGAUUUAUGAAGCGUAUCAUGCUGCGCUGUAUGGGGGGACUCGGGGAGGUAAUACGCAGGAGUUGGUGUGUCGACUUCUGAGGGAGAUCCCGUGUACGCGGGCACUUGCAGAGGAUGAGGUGCUGGAGUGUUUGGGUGAGGGGUGGGAUCAGGGGGAGUGGAAGGUGGAAGAGGAGGUUGUGCAGUUGAUUGCGCCGGAGUUCUCAUCCAUUGUCUGA